UUAUUGUUUUGUUUUUCUUUCUCAUGUUGUUUCGCGAUAUCAAGUAGCCUUGAUGGCAGUUUGACAACCGAAUACCAGCCUUUCUUAUUCCUGAAACCUGACCAGACCAUUCUUUCUAAUGUCGUUCCCCGUUGUAAAUGGUGUCGAGGUAGCAGUUCCACCACCUGCUGGGUACCAGGUCGAUUUUAGCAACCCCGAAACGGAUGGGUCAAUGGUUAGGAAUGCCUAUUGGAUCUUUGGAAUGGAGUUUGCGUUUGCGACGGCCUUUUUGGGACAGCGCAUGUAUACUAAUGGUGUGAUCUUGCGCAAGUUUAUGAUUGAUGAUUAUCUGAUCCUUUUCGCAUGGAUCCUUUCAAUAGCCGCUCAAUCAUUUCUUCUUGAUGCGUAUCGACGAAAGCUUCUUGGUGUCCAUGCCUGGGAAAUGCCCGUUGACAGCAACACUGAAUCUGCUCUGCUUGUUAUGUGUACAACUCUGACGUAUAUUCCUACGACCAUUCUAUCGAAACUAACGCUUUGCUUCUUCUACUAUCGCCUCUCGCCAGCAAGGUGGUAUCAAUACUCGGUCUACGUUACGGGAAUCAUCUGCACAACGAGUCUAGUCGGCAUUUGGUUCAGCGUUCUCUUCGCCUGUAAACCCAUUGCGGCGGGUUGGGACGUGAGACUAUCUGUCAAUGCUACUUGUAUCAACCGUCCUCCCAUUUACAUAACGCAAGCUGCCUUUGGCUGCAUCACAGACGUUAUGCUUCUGAUAUUACCUAUUCCAACUGUCGUCGGGCUGCAAAUGUCUACGCGACAGAAGCUCGGAGUACUUGGCUUAUUUGCCAUUGGUUCAAUCACCCUCAUCACAUCCGUCGUUCGACUGGUCUUACUACUGCCAAGUUUAUCGAACCCAGACCAGAGUUGGUCCUUGGCAGAAGGUUGCCUGUGGGUCAUCAUCGAAGCCAAUCUAUUGAUCAUGUGCGGUUCCCUCCCCACUCUUCGGGUUUUUCUCAAAAACGUCGCACCUCGGGUUCUCGGCGACAAAAGCCAAAGUAAACCAAGCGAACAAAAUAGCGCCAGUGCAAGCUUUGGGCUACGAACGUUUGGUGGUUCAAAUGGACCGCGGCGAAAGUUUGAUACCCUGGUGGAACUGGAGCACGAUGUGCAUUUCAACAGAACCACCUUGAGGCCUGAAGGGAUGGGCAAAACGGACGUGAAAGUCUUGAGUGGGCAGUCAAAUGAGUCACUGAUGAAUCACGGUCCAACUGGGGAUAAUAAUAGUGAGGAUGGGAUUUUACAGACGCGCACGACAACAGUUCGAUAUGACUAUCCAUAG